AUGGAGGAGCGGCGGCGGCGCCGCCGGCACCGGCGGCGCCCCGCGGCGGAGCCCUCACCUGCCCUCGCCCUGCUGUGUGUCUCUACCUUCUCUCUCCUCCACCUCCUCCCCGCUCCCGGCGCCGCCUUCACCCCCUCCGACAACUACCUCCUCAACUGCGGCGCAACCGUCGCCGCCUCGGACGUCUCCGGCGAUGGCCGCACCUUUGUCCCUGACGAUGCCUCCUUCUCCGCCUCCUUCUCUCUCUCCACCAGCCGUGAUAUCUCCCUCUCCGAUCCCUCUCCGCCGCUGUCGCUCCCCACGCUGUACCUCACGGCGAGGGCCUUCACCUCCCCCUCCUCCUACAGCUUCUCUAUCAGCGGCGGCCCCGCCGCUGCGCUCUUCGUCCGCCUGCACUUCCGCCCCUUUUUCUCCCCGUCAUACAACCUCUCCGCCGCCGUCUUCAACGUCUCCGCCUCUGGUUCUCCCCUCCUCGCUUGGUUCAGACCGCCGCCAGGGAGGGCCACCGUCGAGGAGUUCCUCUUCCGAAUGGACCUCCGGAAGUUGGAGCUCGUCCUCUCACCCGCCGGCGGCGACUCUCCUCUCGCCUUCCUCAACGCGAUCGAGGUCUUCUCGGCCGCUGCCGACGUCCUCCCCGGCGCCGCCCGCCUGGUCUCCGCCGCCGUCGGGGUCGACACCGACAAGACGGUCUCAAAGCAGGUGCUGCGCAGCCUCCACAGGGUCAACAUCGGCGGCCUCAGAGUGACCCCCGGCAACGACACCCUCUGGCGGACGUGGGUCCCCGACGACGGCGGAAGCUACCUCGCAACGCCGGCGAACCAGACACGGGUCGUCUUCUACGCGGGGGAGGUGAACUACCAGGACGGGGGGCCAACCCAGGAGGUUGCCCCGAACGCCGUAUACGCCACCGCGAGGGAGAUGAGCAGCGGCACCGCCGGCAAGCUCCGCAAUCUGUCGUGGGUCUGCAAGGCGGCGGAGGGUCGCCGGUAUCUCCUCCGCCUCCAUUUCUGCGACAUCGCCAGCAGCGCCAUGUACGAUCUCUACUUCAAUGUCUACGUCAACGGGCUCCUCGCCGUGAGGGACCUCGACCUUUCCAGCGCCGCCGCCGGGCCCAUGCUGGCCUCCCCUUAUUAUGCGGACUUCUUGGUGGACGCCGGCGGCGGCGGGGAAUUGCUGGUGACCGUUGGCUCCUCCGACCGCAGCUUGCCCUCCCUCGUCAACGCCAUUCUCAACGGGAUGGAGGUCAUGGAGGUGAUCGGACCAGCGACGUUCACGGAGACCAGGAAGAACCGCAGAGGGCUCCUCCUCCUCAGCCUGGUUCUUGGGUCCCUCCUCCUCGGGUGCUCUCUGGUGGCCGCCCUCUCGGCGGCGCUGGUUCUCCGGCGCCGAAAGCAGAGCAAGGGAAAGCAGCAAUCCCCCGCCGUCGCCAGCGACGGCGACACCAACCCACCGGCGAAUCUCAACCUGCGUCUGACGAUUCCGUUCACGGAAGUCCUCCUCGCCACCGGCGACUUCGACGACUGCAACUUGAUCGGCGCCGGCGGGUUCGGAAAGGUCUACAAGGGGACGCUCAGGGACGGAACCAGAGUCGCCGUGAAGAGGGCCGUGGCCGGCGCCGGCCAGGGCCGGCCGGAGUUCGUCACCGAGGUGCAGGUCCUGUCCAGGAUCCGCCACCGCCACCUGGUUUCUCUCAUUGGCUACUCCGCCGAGCAGUCGGAGAUGAUUCUUGUCUACGAGUUCCUGGAGGACGGCUCCCUGAGAGACCACCUCUACGGCCCCGGCCGGCCGCCGCUCCCAUGGAAGCGCCGCCUGGAGGUCUGCGUCGGCGCCGCCCGGGGGCUGCACUACCUGCACACCGGCUCCGCUCAGGCGAUCAUCCACCGCGACGUCAAAUCCUCCAACAUCCUCCUCGCCGCCGGCGGCCUGGCGAAGGUUGCCGACUUCGGCCUCUGCAAGCAGGCCCACCCGCUCGCGGCCGCCGCCGCGCCGAUGAUCACCGGGGUGAAGGGAAGCUUCGGCUACCUCGACCCCGAGUACCUGCGCACGCAGCAGCUGACUUGCAAGUCCGACGUCUACUCCUUCGGGGUGGUGCUGCUCGAGGUCCUCUGCGGGCGUCCGGCCAUCGCCGCCGGCCUGCCGUGGGAGGAGGUGAACCUGGCGGAGUGGGCGCUGCGGCGGCGCCGGGAAGGCCGCCUGAGGGAGAUCGUCGACCCCGCCAUCGAGGGCUCCGUCGACCUCCGCUCGCUGGCCAAGUUCGGCGACACGGCGGCGGCGUGCCUGGCCCCGCUCGGCGCCGACCGCCCCUCUAUGGCCGGCGUGCUGUGGAACCUUGAGUACGUCCUCCGGCUACAGGAGACCUUCCCCGCCGCGCCUCAGGAACCCUCCGACGACAGCGCCGCCGCCUACGGCGAUCUGCCGCUCCCGGGAGGUGGGGAGAGCAGCGGCGGGGCAGCGGCGGCGGAGGAGGGUGACUGUCAAGCCCUUGAGCACACUACCCUCCGUCAGCAAGAUCAUCUACAAAGCUGA